AUGUCUACUGCUCCAUGGGGAGGGCGAGGGAGAACUAGUGGGACACCCAGCAGCAGUGGGGGUAAUGGUAUCAGCAGCACAAGUAGUAGCAGCGCCAGCAGCAGCGGCCUGUGUGUGACUGGGACUGCCUGCCGUUUCGGCAGCAGCCGGGGUAUGGCCUCGGCGGCAGAUAACAGACUAAUCAAGAUUGAGGUAGAAGGAGAGGAAGUGUUGGUUGAUCGUUACGAUGUGAGGCUCCUGCUGGGAGAUGUUGCCUCAUUUGCGCGUCAAAAUUGUAGCAAAGAGUGGCGUCUGGCGGAGCUCCAGGAGAGCCGAGAGAUCGAAGAGAUGCGCUAUGAGGACCUUCCGCGUCGCUCGGCCUUCUCAGACGACCUCCCCACGCCACCGGAGCACCAGCAAGAGCAGCAGCAGUGGACUCCUACGCUAGAGCAGCACAAGCAGCAGCAAGUAAAGAAGCAGCGCACGAUGACUGCAGUGCCGGCGACUGCAUGGACUCUCGGCGACCAGACACCGGAAAGGCCAGAUUACAGUGCUGUCCCACCGCCAGACGCUCUUGAGCAGCCUGGAGAUACCUCAGCGAAGCCUGGGGGCUUCUCAUCAAAGCAGUGCGAGCAGGCUACUGAGGCAGCAAGGAAGGGAGCAGCAGGACGGGCCUCUGAAAUUAGCCACUGUGGAACGUUUGUAGCUGAUGCAGAUAAGCAUGCGGAAGAAGGCCAACAGCAGGAUAAACCCACGCAGCAGCUGAAGCCACAGAAUGAUGGCGACUGCUUCAUCCCCCCAUUUCCAGAUCUUCCCGGCAGCAUGCGUCUUCCGGAAACUCUCAGGGAGUACUUGGUGAUUGAGCGGACAGCGCACUUCGUUCGGGAGGAGGGCGACCGCAUGGAGUUUCGUUUGUUGCUGGACGAGGAGCGUCGGCUACCUUUCCUCUCCGCAAGCCAUCCGCUGCAUCAUUUCUACACAUGGCUGAAACAACAGGGUCACUCUUUGGUGGCGUGGGAACCGGCUCUUUUGCCUCCUCGCGUUCGGGCGUUGCUUGAGUUUGCAUGUUCUGUCAGCAGUACAGCUGAACUUCCGAAGCAAGGGAAGCAGGAGCAGAUGCCGGAAUCAAUGGAGGAAAAGGAGACCAAAUCACAGCCAAAGCAGCAACAGGGGCAAGACGAGCACAAGCAGCAGCAAGAGCAGCCGAAGCACGACCCUGAUGGUGGGCUAGGGCUGCUUCUUUCAUAUGGCAGUGACGAGGAUGACGACGACACCGCUGUAUCUCCACAGCAGAAGCAUGCACAGCAGGAUGAAGAAAAUCAACACGAGAAGCCGGAAAUGCAGCAGCUGCAGGAAUGUGAGCAGCAGCAGCAGCGUCAGGAACAAACAAAGAACGGUGAGCCUAUUUUGGGGGAGCCUGUAGCUACGGCAGCGAACAGGAGAAAGCCUCCUCCUGCUCCUCCCUUGCCGUCUACAGUAGGGGCAAGGUCUGCGUCAGGAGUAGGAGACGCGGCAGGAGCAACAGCAGUGUGCGGAGCAAAAGACCAUGGAGCGAGUGAAGUGGGGGACUCUGAGGAAGAAGACGGGAGCAACAACCCUCAGGAUUUGACAGCGCUCUGGCGAUCUUUGCGUGUUACGCGCUUUACACUCAAAAAGAAAAAGCUGGACAGGUCUGUUUUAGUCGAAAAGGAUGAGGAGGGUGAACAGGAAGAUACGGAUAUGAUGAUUGAAGCGCUACCGAAGAAGCCUCCAUGGGCAUUGCCGAAUGCGAAGCUAGGACUCUCCAAGGCGUCAGCUCUUGCUAUACAGCAACUGGGGCAUCAUUUGCUGUCGAUAGGGGACUUGUCCCUCGUUAGACAUGCAAAAACGGCAAGUGCAGGGUUGUACGAAGACGAUGCGUCUCCGUUUCCUUUUUUGAGAACCUCCUCAAUGGACCUUAGAUAUUUCAGAUACGUGCUCAAGUGUGUGGAGACAGAAAUGCAAAAGGAGGGAUUUGCCAAACCUCAGCCUCUUUCAGGAUCUACCCAUGAACUUGCACGCAGCUUUCUAGCGCGGCUUCAGCUAAACUAUCACUUGCAACAGCGGAAGCAGAAGUUGCUGCAGGAGUGCAUGCGGCUCUCUGCGGAUGCGUCGGAGAAUAGCACCGUCGACUAUCUCAGGCGAAUUGAGGCGGCAGCGGCUGCUGCGGCGGAUAGCAGCAGUGCCGGUACUAAAAGCUCCACGGAUGGUGCUGCGACAAACGCAGGGGCUUCGCAAGAUGCCAGCACUUCAUCAGACAAAGCAGCAGUAGCGGCAGUGGUACCACCACCAGCAACUACAGAAGCCGCAGCAGCUACGGGCGACCCUGCUACUACAGCAUAUUUUUCCGCCGUACAGAGUCAGAUACCACCAGAAACAGCAGCUCACUUACAGAUGCUGCUGCAGCAGAUGGCAGCUGCGAGCGUUGCAGAUGAUGCAGCCACGUACAUGGCCUGUUACUCUGCAUACUGCUAUGCACUUGCUGGUCUGUCCCCAGAGGCAGCAUCAGCAACCCCAGCAGCUACGGCAGCAAUGGCGGCUUCCCCUGCAGCACCUUCAACAACGGCAACCGUGACAACAGCAGCACCAACUCUGGCCGCAGCCCAGCCGGACGUGCAGGAUGUUGUUGAAACAGCGACUGCCGAUUCUCAAGGGGCACAGCCUGACGGGAAACUCUAG